GCCCCUCCUGUUCUGCUAAACACCUUGCGCACCCACCACAAGCGCCAGGAAAUCACCGGAGGCGGUUAUUGAAACCCCUUUGGAAAUCACACAAUAUAUCCCACACAUCGCAGUUCUUGUAUUCAUCUCCAGUCUACGCAUUAUCCUCUAUUUGGGACCUUACUGGCCACGUCUUACAUCCCGUCUUUUCCCUGUGUCUCCAAGUGGCCCCCACCUCCGACCUGCGAUUGUUCGCUCGCCGUAACACAGGUUGUAUUCAGCGUCAGCACCAGCCCAACCCUAUUCCUCAGCCGCACACACUUCAAGAUUCGACAACCGUCAGGAAAUUACUCCGUCUUUGUCACAUAUCAAUCCGGCCGGGUCCUCUCGUGCUCCCAGACCUGACCUUCUCCCAAAUCUCUCCCUUUCAUCCCAUCGCGACCCUUUCGCGCAAAGCCAUUCAUCAGCAAUCAUGGGGGAUUUAUCUGGGCGCAAAGUGUUCAAGGUCUUCAACCAAGACUUCAUUGUCGAUGAGAGGUACACUGUAACAAAAGAGUUGGGCCAAGGAGCUUAUGGUAUUGUCUGCGCUGCGACCAACUCUCAAACUGGCGAGGGGGUUGCCAUCAAGAAGGUCACAAACGUCUUCAGCAAAAAGAUUCUUGCAAAGAGAGCUCUUCGUGAGAUCAAGCUCCUUCAACAUUUCCGGGGUCAUAGAAAUAUCACCUGUCUGUAUGACAUGGACAUCCCCCGCCCAGACAACUUCAACGAGACUUAUCUCUAUGAGGAACUCAUGGAAUGCGACUUGGCUGCCAUCAUCCGCUCUGGCCAGCCGCUGACAGACGCGCAUUUCCAAUCAUUCAUCUACCAGAUUCUUUGUGGUCUCAAAUACAUUCACUCUGCCAAUGUCCUGCACAGAGAUCUCAAACCAGGCAAUCUGCUCGUUAACGCCGACUGCGAGCUCAAGAUCUGCGAUUUUGGUCUGGCAAGAGGAUUCUCACAAGACCCAGAGGAGAACGCUGGUUACAUGACUGAGUAUGUCGCGACCAGGUGGUACCGGGCCCCUGAGAUUAUGUUGAGCUUCCAGAGCUACACUAAAGCCAUCGAUGUGUGGUCGGUGGGAUGUAUCUUGGCCGAGCUGUUGGGUGGACGUCCGUUCUUCAAAGGUCGUGACUAUGUCGAUCAGUUGAAUCAAAUCCUCCACUAUCUGGGUACACCUAGUGAGGAGACACUCUCAAGGAUAGGAUCCCCGCGUGCUCAGGAAUACGUCCGGAACUUGCCAUUCAUGCCCAAGAUCCCUUUUCAAAGACUCUUCCCACAGGCCAACCCUGACGCCCUCGACCUGUUGGACCGGAUGCUGGCAUUCGAUCCGUCGUCGCGUAUCUCGGUCGAGGACGCUCUCGAGCACAAAUACUUGCACAUCUGGCAUGACGCAUCAGAUGAACCGGCCUGCCCGAAGACAUUUGAUUUCUCAUUCGAAGUGGUCGAAGAUGUGCAGGAGAUGCGGAAGAUGAUUCUUGACGAGGUCAUGAGAUUCCGCCACCACGUCCGCCACCAACCAACCCAGACACCCACCAGUGCCAAUAUGAACGUGCCAAUCCCGGAGAACCCAGGCCAAUGGGCGAAGGGUGCUGAAGAUCCAAGACCACAGGAGGCCGGUUCCUUUGUUGGUAAUGACCUUGAACACGAAUUGCAAGCGGGUUCGGACAGUGUAAUGAGACGAUAGACUAUGGGCACAACUCUCUUUUCCUUUGUAAGCUUGAAGCUUUUCGAUUUGGGUCAAAGAAAGCCAGCUAGCGAUGUGUUGUUGAGCAAAAAGAACUACAAAUUCUUGGAUUAUCACAAAAUAUAACGAAGAGCUUGUUCGAGAUUUCUUCUUUCCUGUAUCUGCAUACGAUCAAAAUCAAGCCCGUUCCUUGGUAAGUAGCAGCAUGAAGAAGCAUAAUAAGAUACCUAGCGAUUUGAACUGACG